GUCCACCGCGCCAGCGGUUUCUAGAAUCCACUGCCUUCGAUUCCCACGGCAGGAAAGCCUGAUGAGCCGGCCCACCGGCGCGUGCCCUCACGCGUGGCGACACCAGCAGCAGCCGCUCCGGGGGCGCAUGUGGGCCGCCUCCCCGGCAUUCCGCAGGCAGCUCGUCCUGCUCCGCUCCCUCCUCCCUUCCCCGCCUGCCCCCUCCUCCGUCGCCGGCUUUCCCCCAUCCUGCCCCUCGUGCUCCAGCUUCCUCCGGGUCCGGACCAACCACGCGAUGGCGGCGUCCGCCGGGACGGUGUACGAGGCGGACGCGGAGGCCGUCGUGCGCCGGAUCACGCCGCCACUCGACCGCGCCAGGCACAAGGGCCAGGCAGGGAAGAUAGCAGUAAUCGGAGGAUGUCGUGAGUACACUGGUGCUCCUUAUUUUGCCGCUAUCUCUGCCUUGAAAGUUGGUGCAGAUCUUUCACAUGUUUUCUGCACAAAAGAUGCUGCUACAGUAAUUAAGAGCUAUAGCCCUGAACUAAUUGUACAUCCAAUAUUAGAAGAAUCUUACAGUGUAAGGGAUGAUGAACGAGCAUCUGUUUCUUCUAAGAUUCUUACUGAAGUUGGAAAAUGGAUGGAGCGCUUUGAUUGCAUUGUUGUUGGUCCUGGCCUUGGAAGGGACUCAUUUCUUCUGGAUUGUGUGAGUAAUAUCAUGAGGCAUGCACGGCAGGCUAAUAUUCCAACUGUUGUGGAUGGGGAUGGCCUGUUUCUUGUAACCAAUAACCUUAGUCUUGUUGAAGGAAACCCUCUUGCCAUUUUAACACCAAAUGUCUAUGAGUACAAGCGUCUUGUUCAGAAGGUUCUUAACUGUGAUGUAGAUGAGGAAACUGCUUCUGAGCAGCUAAUCACACUUUGCCAAAAAAUUGGUGAUGUAACAAUAAUGCAGAAAGGAAAAGCUGAUGUCAUCAGUGAUGGUAAAACAGUUACGCAAGUGAGUACUUUUGGUUCCCCAAGACGAUGUGGUGGUCAAGGUGACAUCCUUUCUGGAAGUGUGGCUGUAUUUGCAUCGUGGGCACGACACUUUGUCUUGACAAAUGAACAACCUACAGAGAAAAGAGUUAAUCCUAUGACCCUUGGGUGCAUAGCUGGCUCUCUUCUACUCAGGAAAGCUGCAUCACAUGCUUUUGAGAAGAACAAGAGAUCAACUGUCACCUCUGAUAUCAUUGAGUUCUUGGGCAAAAGCUUGGAAGAUAUCUGCCCUGCCGAGCACUAGCUCCUGUGGCAUUGUUGAACACCAGAUCAUAGUUAUUUGAACCGGACCGAACCAAGGCCUUGGCCGGUACGGUUCACCUUAUAGGAUCGGUAAGCAAUUGAACUGGUAUAAAACUGGUGAAUCGGUGUUUUUUUAUAUAAACUGGUAUAAAACCAGACAAUGAACUGAUAAAAACCAGCCAGCCUAGAAGUCUGCGUGGGUUGUGUUGUCGAUUGGCGAGGGAGAGCCGGAGAGUAGAGAAAAUGAGGCAAAACUGUGUAAAAUUUGGAGCCAACAAUUAAACCCUAGACUCUAGGGCUGGAGGGCGAGUUCUCCACCACUGGCUGCAUUGUCAGCUGUGUUGUACUAGUGUUCCUCAUUCUAUUUGAACUGGAUUAAACCGUUGGUUCAACCCGUUGGACCAAUCAAACCGUGAACCGAGGGCUUGAGCAGUUCAAUGUCCGUUUCGGUCCUAAUAACUAUGCUUCAGAUAGGAUCAAAUAGUUAAUGCUGCUUCAGGAAAUUAGUUUAUAGAGGCGGGCCACUUAAUAGGAUCAACAAAUCUAAUACACCAACCUCUUAGUGGCCCUCCGAUGUCCAAUCGAAUGUCAUCGAAGAAAAGAUCAAAAAGAGCUUAUUCCAUAGCACCAUCGCUCCCUCUACCUUGUUCAGAACCUCAGAAAUCAAACCCUAAGAUCAACAAGGAUUACAAACCUAACCUAAAACUACGAAUGGAAAGGGAUUGGAUCCCCAUUGCUCUAUUCGCAGCAAGAUCGCUGGUGAGGACAGAGGGUAAGGCAGGAAGGCGGUGGCGGCGCUAGGAGGCGGCUAGUGAAAAAGCAUUUAAGCUGUUUUUAUUAGCAGAGAAGAGAUAUAAUAAAUUUGAUAACAUACGCUUUCAGAAAAAUUGAAGUGCUUAUCAGCUUAUCUCUGGCCAUAGCAAUUAUCUAGUACUUCCUGCGCUUUAAAUUAAAUUUAUGUUUAUAGAACCAACUAAAUAGUAAACAAAAAUGAACCAAACUUCAUAUCCUAAGCUUCAUAUAUUUUAACAUAGAGAGCACCAAACAUGUCGCUGCAUAACUUUAUUUGUAAAAGCAGACAACACUGGAUAGCGAAAAUAUGUUGUAACCAAUUGGAACAUAUUACAUCCCGCGCUGGACUGUCAUAUCAAGGUAUGCUUGCGUGCGUGGCUGUGUUUCUUGUCACACGUAGCAUUGUCCAUAUGUGACAAAUUUGACGUGCCUGCAGUUUAUUCCAUUUGUGUGCAGAUGCCAAUUACUGAUGGGCUAAAGAUAAAUAGCUAAGAAAACUAUUAACAUCAAUAGCUACAAACCUACUAGUAUCUUGAUAGCUAAUACCACAAUGUUACCAGUCCUAAGCUUCUUCAGUUAACAACGACCCUUGGGUCAGAUGUGCUUCGUUCUCUUCUCCAGCAGCCAGCUACAAUAUCUGUCCGAGGCAACCCAAUACCCAAACAAGGGGAUCUCCUUUUCUUCACAAACUGAUAAUUAUUCUCCAAAGAACCUGUACACAUGACCAUUUUGUGCUUUUCACGUACACAUGUUUCUCAAAAAGUCAACUUUAAAGUUUGAAAACAUUAGUAUCACCAAAUAAGUUUAUUAUAGAAAUAUAUACCCCAAUUGAUCUCCUGAUACUUAUUACACAUAAUAAAAUAUUUUUUUUUGCAUAUUUUAUAAAAAUAUAUGUCAUGAUUAAUGUAGUACUACUACUUAUUACGAUCACAAAUAUCAACACCUUUUGUUAUACAUUUGGUGAAACUUUGACUCCUCAAAAAGCAAUAUGUGCUGUUAUUUUGAGACUUGCCUUAAUUUGAAAUAAAUCUCUCUCUCUAUAGCAGGAUUCUACAAUCAUCUUUCUUUUUUUUUAAAAAAAGAACCGAGCAGUAGAGUUGUGAUUAUAUAAAAAAAGAAAAAUCCAGAUUGCAUAAGAGUAACUAGUAUGAACUAAAAACUAAAAACAACAAAGACUACACCAAGUGAUUGGCGGUUACAUUGAGACAUCAACACAAACCACACAAGGAUGAUAAACCACCAAACCAUACCACUUUUCCCUCAGCAAAAGAAGGCACAAGCAAAGGAUCACGCCGCAACCAACCCAACACUAUCAUCGAACGAUAAAAUUACCAAGUCAAUCAACGUUGUCAAUGCUUGUGCCGCAGUUAAAGACGAUGUCCCACACCAAGCAAGACAUUGCCAUGCAAGGCUAGUCGCUGCAUGCCACUGCAAGUUGUAUAGUUGUUGCAGCAAUGUUGCCUCUUGCGACAUUAGCCAACAUUAUCCUACACCGAACUAACCAAUGCCAUACAAGAAUACCUACCAUAUCGCGCUGCAAGCUACAAAGCCGACUUGUGAACAAUUGCCUCUAGUCCUGACUAUAUAGCUCCAAUCAACCUAGCUGCCUUGCCAAAAACACAUCUCCAAGCGGGCGCUUCCAGCAACCCUAGCAUCGUCGCCCAAACCCUAGCGGCUGCGGGAGGUAGAGAUCGCCGGCGGCGGGCGGUGCAGGUGGCCAGAGCUAGAGAUACCUGGGUGGGCGACGACGGAGACACCUGGCUCUCGCUUCUCACUUGCACAAGUUGUGACUCAAGGGAUAUUUAACUUCUUGCCAUCCUUAUGGAUGGCACCUCUCCAUUUGCCAGUUUUAGGAUGACACCUACAGAACUGCCAUCUGAAACGGUGAACCUCCUACGUAUUUGCCACUUUGACGAGGGCGACUACUUAUCUAGCAACGACGGCUCCUGCCUCGAAGGAUCAGGCGGCAGUGGCGGAGGACCGUGGAGCUAGAACGGCGAAGAUGAUCUCCGAAUCAAAGGGCCCUGGUGACUGGGAGCCCAAUGUGUCGAUGCCUCGGAGGUCCAAGACAGAUGCAGCUAUCGGGGUCGUCUACGAGCUCAUGUGGGCAGCCUCAACCUGCUCACCUCCUCUAGGGGGCUAGCUCCCACGACAGUGUGGAUAUGAGGGAUGACUGUGUGGUGAUGGCUAGAGGUUGAAGGAGAAGAGCGAGUGGAGGGAAAGGGCCCACACAUCAGCUAAUGGAGGGAGAGAGAGGGGUAAAUAGGUAAUUUCGCAUGCCCUAUAGGGGUUUCCAAGGAUGAUGUUGUGCUGACAUGAGGACGAUGUUGUGUUGGCAUCCCCACGUGGCAUGCCACAUCAGCAAAAGUGAUAAAUACGUAGGAGAUCCGCUGUUUCGAGCUCCGUAGGUGUCAUUCUAAAACUGGCAAAUGGAGAGGUACCACAAUAAGUUAAAUAUCCCGUGACUAGAUUGUAAGGCUGAGCAGAGAUUCUAGUUAUGUUCUCACAGGAGGCAAGGGUAGUUUAGCCUUUUCUGGUAUCCUGUGUAAACAGGAGAAUAUUGAAAAUAGGAAAUAAGAGAAAAUGAGAUAAAUCCAUCAGAUCAAAACAAUUCGCGUGCGCGUCCAGGGUCAAAUUUCUGCUUGCGAAUUUGAUGUCAAAUGUAGAGAGGCUUGCGUAUUGAGGGUUAAAUAUCGAAAUUUCUCGUUAAAUGUCCACAAUCAUAGUAUCUAACCUCGACUGAUGCACAUCAUUGGCAGUAAAAACACAAAUAAAUAAAUUGUUUAACAUCAAUGUCAACCAGAGUUUAUUUAACAGUUCCACGACAGACUAUGAAUCAGAUAACUGGUAAAGGAUCACAUAUCGGAGAUGGUUCAGUAAGGAUCAAGAACCUGAGAUGAUGCGAAUCAGGUCAACUUAUGUGCAAGCAAACCAAUGAAUAUGCUAACCUGGCACAAACAAUGAACAUUGCAAUAAAACAAGUAGCAGGGCAAGUAGUAGAAAUCAGAGAGCAGAAAGUUACCUUCUAAUGAAACAGCUACAGUGAAGCUAGAAUAUCCCUCAUUUCGUUCACAGAUGUCACCUUUUCAUCAGGAUAUAUUUUCGAAAUCAACUUAAGGAAUGUUGUAUAUUUAUCAAGAAACUCUUUCUGCAACAAACGACACAUCAAGUAAGAAAAAUUAUCAAGUUGUUUCCCUUCAAUCAAACUUAUAUGGCAUUUAUAAGACAAAUUUGGCUAAGGUGAACAAAGAUCAAACACUGUGAGAGGUAUAGCAUCUUAUGUGUCUCACUAUGGAGAUUACAAUAUCUCACCUCUUCAUUUCCCUGUUUACAAUUAUGAAGUGAACAUAUAUACCUUGCAUUUUUCCCAUAGUGAAGGCAGCAAUUCCUCAGCAGUCAUAUUCUUCUGUAGUUUUCUGUACAUUGCAUUGAUUGUCUUGUCAAGCUGUCAACCAGAUAAAAUCAUAGUAAGGGAUAGUGCUUUAUGACUAAGAUCAUGAAAGUUCAUAGAUGUUAAAGACGAAUUUACUCUCAACUUACUCCAGUUAAGCUAGACUUCAACAUCUUGCGAAAAUCUACCUUUGACAUUCCAACUUGGAAGGGUAUCUGUGGCAGUUAGAAGUAUCCAACAAUAUACACUUUAUACUUCUACCAACAGAACAUACUGUGCACUAAGCCUAGAGAGUUAGACAUUUGAAAUAACUUUAUACACAAAAAGUGCAUUAGACGGGAAACAGUUUUUGGUCAUGGACUUUAGAAGAUAGACACGCAGCAUAGCAAAGCAUGGAUCUAGAACAAUGCAGAGUUCAUUAGUAAAAGCAUUAAACGUAUUUCCAUAUCAUUAUGUCUAUGGAAAUACAUCUUAAAAUAACAUGUUAGUAUUUGAUGUGGUACCUAUAUUAAUUUUGUUUCUCCAGAAAUAGAAGGCACAUGAUCAAGACAGGGAUCAUUAUCUGAAAAACACUAAUGAAUAUAUUUUAAUACCACACAAGUCCAAACUAGAAUAAUACCAACGAAUUUACAAGAGAAAAUAGUCCAGCUCUGAGAUUAGGUCACUACAUGGCAUAAACUUUCAGGAAGACAACGCAGAACCAAAACAAGUGACUCACCUCCUCAGGACUCAUGUUGUACAUUAAUUCCUCAAUUUUACGAGCAAACUGGAAUAGCUUUUCAAAGUGCUGAAAAAAGCAAACAGGCAUAAGUUCCGUGACACAAGCAGCAAAUACAAAUGCCUUAGUGUAUCAUCCCAUUGGGAAAUGGGAAUGGAACCGAAAGGAGUUACAGACAACUUACAAUAUAUAUGACCAAAUUGAUAUGGCGUGAACAAGCUUGUUCAUAGGCUUCACUAGCUUGAUGAUAAUAUUUAGCAAGUGUUGGCACAACAUUUGCCAAAUCAUAUAAGCUGCAUAUCAAAUUAAUUAUAUCGUUAGUUAGUUCUACAAAACACUAGGUAUUCACAAUUGUUACGGGUAAAUUUUCAGCAUUACUUGGUGCAGUUUAUGAUAUGUACCUUCAUUCUGCAAACACAAAAUUUGGUGUUUCUGUUUUCGAACUUUUUUUUGAUAAAGAAAAAUUCCAUGUUUGCAUUUGACAUGAAAUGUUCACAUCUCAUUUUUCAUUAUUUUUUUCUUAAUUCUUACAUGAAGGCUUUGAUUUUUUUUUGUCACUUGGAGUCAAUAGUUGUUGAGCAGACUGCAAGUGACAGACUAUAUGGAAGAUCAUAAAAAUAACUCAAUGCUAUUUAGUGGGACAUAUGGACAGGUUCAAUACAAAGUUGAAGGAGAGGGUUGCAUCAUUGCUGCCAUCAGCUCAUUUGUAUAGGCUGAACAAGCACUGUUUGGCGCUUUCUUCCCCAAGAUUGGCCCCCAAGACUCAGGGAUGUAGUAUAUUAUGGGGUUGGGCCCAACUGUUUGGCACUUGCUUCCCAAAGGUUGGGCCUUGCAGAUCAGAUGGCUGUGGUUGAGGAAAACCAGUGAGGAGUGAAGACCAACUUGAUUGGAUUUGGAAUUCCUAGUUCAGCCUCAAGUGAGAGCCAUGUUUGCCAUUUCAGUAAUCUCCCUGGUUGGAAAUGGUGAAAACAGUUUGUUUUAAUAGGAUCAUUUGCUACAUGGCCAGGCCUUGGUUGAUCUUGCUGCAAUGGUGGUAGCUUGUGUCCCAUGUAGAUGCUUUAAUACCAAAACAUUUGCACAGGCCUUGAUAAUUGUACUUGGGUAAGAGAUAUAAAAGAUGGCCUUUCUUUCUCUUGAAGGAUUGAUUCAAUUUUUACAGUUAUGGGAUACCCUAUUGGUGGUUGAAUGGUCAAUGGACCGGGAUCAAUAUUUAUGGAAACAUGAGGCAAGUGGCUCCUUCUAUUCAAAAUCGGCUUACAGAGCCAUCUUCUAUGGUUCAAUCAUUUUCACCCUGGAAGCGAGUGGAAAUCUUGGGCCCUGUCUAAAUGCAAAGUGUUCAUUUGGCUUGCAAUUAAAAAUAAAUGUUGGACUGCAGACAGAUUAGCAAGAAGUCGUCUUUCUCACCCUGCUAAUUGUGUGUUGUGAUAUCAGAAAGAUGAAACGGUCCAGCACAUACUUGUGCGAUCAAAUGGCAAUGUGCCCAGGCAGUGAACUUGUGAAUCAGGUAUAUCAGGAGAUAAGGCGAAUAUGAAGAGGGAGCUUAUCUCUUUCUCACGACAUUUAAGCCUCUUAAGGUCAUGCACUCAUGCUCUAUGGCUCACCUAUGUACAAAGUUACUUCAGUGUUAAUAUUGACUACUUUGGUAUUUUAUUUCU